UAUUGGCAAGUUACGGAACGGAGCGGACAAGUGACUGAAGAAACUGAAAGUGAAACAUGCACAGGUGUUGUUGGUCUAACUCGAGUGCCGAUAAACAAUAGUUUCGUGAAAAACAGUAAAGUACUUGCAGAGCCCCUCAAAUCAAGUGCCAGUGAAACGUCCGAUAGUCAGCGUCACAACAAGUUGAUCAUUUGGAAAGCCCUGCGAAAACUCGGCCCAAACUAAACGUGUUCGCCAUCGUCUAACAGUUUUGCAUCAUGAAGUUGCUUUUAGUGGUUGCAACCUGCCUUGUGGGAGCAAGUCUCCUGCUGGCCUCACCCGUUCGACAGAACAAGCCGCGCGCGCUGGUAACGAGCCGCGAAGACACGGUGACGGCGGAACCGUCGAAGCAGAAACCCCAGUACCUGAUUCAAGUGAAGCCCAAAGACGAGGAAGAGGACGAACUCUCGAAAUUGGUGGAUUUUUUCGCGAAUGGGGAGAUCGGCUCGCCCAGCGAAUCAACCGGAUCUCCCCACACGACAUCCUACGGCUCCUAUAGUCCUUCCCGGGACGAUCUGACCGAACCGCUGUUGCCGCCUCCGGUCGAACAGAACGAACCGAACUACUACGCAGCCAAGCCGAAGAAAAACAAGGGCAAGAAGUACAUUCCGACGCAGAAACUCAUCAAUCUGAAGAACGCCGACGGUCUGGAGAAACACGCCAACGAAAAGUCCCGCCUGGGUAGUCAGGGCGGAUCGGCACAAGGAUCGGAUUACAGCGACGAGGAGACCUUCUUCCUGGACGCCAUCGAUCUAGACAAACUGCUGGCCAGCGCGUUGCUAGGAGAGCAGGACGCCAAAGCGGAAGCCUCCGGGGGGGCAUCGAGACGUUUACUGUUGCCACUGCACCUAGAGGAGCUUAACCAGGGCGAGUUUGUGCCCAGCCGCAACCGGAGGGUGGACCAGUACACACGGCCCGUGGCCGGCGAGGACGAAGGUGCUCGAAUCGAUUUUCAAAUGCACGGCCACAAUGGACCGAACAGCUACAAGUUUGGCUAUGACACGGGUGAAGGGAAGAAUCGUCAGUUCCAUGUAGAAGAGCGAGAUGAUAAAGGCCAUGUCCGGGGUCGCUACGGUUACUACAUGAGGUCCGGAAAGUUUCGCAUCGUCAACUACAGCUCCUCACCAGAAACGGGAUUCAGGAUAGAGCCGUAACGUGCCGCGGACAUGCCGCCGCACAAAUUAAUCUUUGCUACCUGUUUAUGAUUUAUUUAUUUACUUUACAUUACGACCGAUUGCUCGUCCACACCGAAAGCAUUACGCUCACCAUUUUUCAUAGCCAUCCGUUUCUUUUCGUGGCCACUGUGGAGAGGAUGGUCAAAUAAAGCCAAAUGAAUUGAGUUAAA